CGUGUCCCAAACUUCCAUUUUCACAAAAUAAAAUGUCACUUUUAGCACUUAUAUCAUAAAUAACUAUUGUUUUUUAGUAAUCACUUUCAUGGUUUUCAAGCAUUUAAAUCAAAUUCAAAUUGAUUACAAACAACAACACAUAGGUAACCUUAACCUGUUAAAUAAAACGUGAAUUUCGCGCUUAUGGAGACAUGGGAAUAAUUUGCUCGGAAAUAGCCACCAAAAAAUGACACUUAAAAAAUUCGCUUUCCGCGAUUUCGCGUCUAUGGAGACUAGGCUUUAGUCCUAACAAAAAUCCUCAGACUGCUAGAACCGAUUCCGAAUCAAUUAAAACCAAUUCUAUGUGAUCCGCGAACGUAGAACUGUUACUAAAAAUUCAGAAUUUUAUUAUCCGCGAACGCCACUUUUUACACUGCGCAUGCGAAUAGUCCCUGAAUCGAUUCGGAAUCGGACCCGCGAACAAAGCUAUUUCUUCCAAGAGUUUAGAACACUAAAGCCACUCGCUCCGGUGAUACUCGACCUCGAUUUGAAAGGAACAGACGCACUUCAGGUGCAACAAACACUUUUCGAAAAGAAUAGGCGCCUAACGCGCCGCAGCUGUUCCGAACCUCCUCCUAGAUGUGAAAAGAAUACAACUCGACUCGUAAAAUCGGAAGAAAUUACUUCCGAGCGCACGAAAAUGAGUGUGAGAAAAUGUUAUUGCACUCGGAGUGCAUGGAGUUAGCAAGCUAAAACGAUCUAUGAACGCGCCUCUGUUGAAGGUGUCAAUCUUUCAGCUGUCAUUUUUGUUCUUGAUAAAUCCGGACCCGGAAAGAAAAUUUCAUUCGUAUUCUUCUAGAAUCUAGAAAACAUAGGAAAGUACUUUAAUUGAAGCCAGUUUUGUUCGGGAUAUAGCUACGGAAAGCUUUAGUGAAAACGGAGCCGCAUCAAGCAAACGAGGACACUAUGGACGUAGACCAGCCUGUCGCGAGUUGUUCAGUUCUCACUACAUCAGUGGUACUGCAAACUUUACCAAAAAUUGACGAAAACAACAGUAUGGACAACAAACAUCCAAAAGAAAGAGUUGUGGAGCUGUUGGAUUUGCUUGAGGGUCACGUUGAAACCCUUAGAAAGGAUGCUGCUCAAUUAGAAGAAGAUCGAGACCAACUAUUGGCAACGUUGGAUACUGUAAGGCAUGCUGAUUUAUUGAACCAAUUAGAUGAAAAUGAUGUUGAUGACGUAUCACGCUACGCUGAUAGAAUAAUGAAUAGAUGUCAAACCGUUGAAGUACGUGUUUUGACUCAAAGAGACCAAAUGCAAGAAGAGGCAUUGUCUCAAAUAAAUCACCUCAUCGAUGGAUUGGUUAUGGAUUUGAGAAACGACCAUGAAGCUGCCAAGCAAAGAUGUAUUUCUUAUGUCAACGCUUGUUCUUCUAUAAUGGUAGAUGGAGUGAUGGACAAAAAGUUUGAAUCUGCUCUGUUAGGUUGCACUUUGGACGAUCAGAAACGAGUCAAAAAACGUUUGCAGGGUUUGCUAAGUUACUUUGGAAGGUUAAGGGUGCAAAUGUUUGAUUAAAUUUCAAUUUUUAAUUGGGGCUUAAACACUUGUAGAUGGUUAUGGUGAGGCUAUUUUUGGUUUUUAUAAAAUUAAAAUUUAUUCCACCAAGUGUUGAUCUUUAUAUCUCGAGGCUUUAGUAAAGUUAGGCAAGAUUAAAAUGAAUAUUUAAUUCCUAGCAUUUCUGUGGUAACAGUUGAUUUCUUCAUUUUUAAAAUUAUUGAUUCACUAUUUAAAAAUUUUGAAGAAAUCAACUUUUAGUGUAAUAAUUAUCAAGGAUAUACCUAAUGCUGUUCUAGUUUUAAAAACAUUUUGAAUCAAAAUGUGUACACGCUGCCUAAAUUUUUAAUUUUGUUUUCCAAGUUUUAUAAAAAAAAAAUUGUUUAUUUAUAACUAAUUAACCAACGAAAAAAAAAAUAAUGCCUGUUUUUUCAUAAACAAUUCUGUUAUUUAUUUGGCCUCUGUACACUAAAAAUCAAUUCCGAGUAUACAGGGUGAUUAACGUAGCCAGUGCAUUAGCUUAUAGGUAGAUUAGAAGCUAUCCCCAUUAAUCCACCUGCAAUCCAAUUGAACUCUAAUGCACGGGCUACUACAAUCACGGUGCAUGUAUUACAUAUUUUAGCAGAAAUUUCAAACAAAACUGAAACUGAUGAAGAAACCGGACCUGUGGUUAGUUAGCUGGUGUCGAUGUCGUUCUUAAGUACAAAUUAUCUUAUUUUAAAGGUAUUUCUGCUAACAAUUCCAUUUUUCUUAAUUUAAAAUGUUAAUUAAUGUAAUAGGAUGUCAAAAUAAAUGAUAAAUAUUCCAAU